UCUCCUUGGACAAAAGCCCCCUUCUUCAAAAACCCUAAUCAGCCAUAUCAAAUCUUCUUAAUUUCGAUUUAAAUUUUCAAGAAAGAACAUUUCUUUACCAUACCCAUGGCAGAAGAAGUUCCAGCAACAGCAUCAUUCACUCCAUACGUCAACGCCCAAACCCUAACCACACACGAACGCGCCGUCUCCUCCGUUAAAUUCUCCGCCGAUGGUCGCCUCCUCGCUUCCGCCUCCGCCGACAAAACCAUCCGCACUUACUCCAUCAACAUCGACGGAGACUCGAUCGUCGAGCCCGUACGAGAAUUCGCUGGCCACGAACAUGGUAUCUCCGAUGUCGCCUUCUCUGCCGACGCGAGGUUUAUAGUCUCUGCUUCCGAUGACAAAACCUUAAAGCUAUGGGACGUUGAAACUGGUUCGUUGAUCAAGACGCUGACUGGUCACACCAAUUACGCCUUCUGUGCCAAUUUCAAUCCCCAGUCCAAUAUGAUUGUAUCUGGCUCGUUCGAUGAAACUGUUCGGAUCUGGGAUGUUACAACGGGAAAGUGUUUGAAAGUUCUUCCCGCGCAUUCUGAUCCUGUUACUGCUGUUGAUUUUAAUCGAGAUGGGUCUCUUAUUGUGUCCAGUAGCUAUGAUGGGUUGUGUCGUAUAUGGGAUGCUGCGACUGGUCAUUGUCUGAAAACACUGAUUGAUGAUGAGAAUCCUCCUGUUUCCUUUGUUAGAUUCUCUCCCAAUGGCAAGUUCAUUCUUGUUGGCACACUGGACAACACUCUGAGGUUGUGGAACAUUUCGUCUGCUAAGUUUCUUAAAACAUACACUGGCCACACGAACGCACAGUAUUGCAUUUCCUCUGCGUUCUCUGUCACAAAUGGAAAGCGGAUAGUCAGUGGAUCCGAGGACAAUUGUGUAUACAUGUGGGAGUUAAACUCCAGGAAACUGCUUCAGAAACUUGAAGGUCAUACUGAGCCCGUCAUGACCGUAGCUUGCCACCCAACAGAGAACUUGAUCGCAUCAGGCUCACUCGAUAAGUCUGUAAAAAUUUGGACACAGAAGAAAGAAUGACUAUCUGUUCAGAAAUCAUCCAUGUGGGUAAUGUAUGCAUGCCUCCUUCAAGCUGUAAUCAUCUAUUGCUCCCUAGUCUUGUUAGAUUGACUCUAGCCUCAUUUUGUAAAAGUCCCAUUUUUGUUUCGUCUGAAAUAGUUCAUACAAGAAGUGUGAGACCGUUGUAAUAGUUAUCUGUGUGACUCUGAACUGUUUAAGUUAGGUUUAAAGGCAAAGACAAAACUCCUUGAA